AUGGUUGUAAAAUACCUUCAGAAAUGGUCUAUACUUAAGGGUAAGUAGAUGCAGCAACUGUUCCAUGAAAACUAUGAACACAACCGCAAGGGUUACAUUCAAGAUCUUCACAACAGCAAGAUUCACACAGCCAUAACACUUCAUCCAAACAAAAGACCAGCCUACCAAUACAGGCUGCAUAAUUACAUACUGAGUCGCAAAAUUUCCGAACUGCGCUAUCGGACCAUCCAGCUCCACAGAGAAAGUGCCCUGAUGAGCAAGCUCAGUAACAGUGAAGUAAACAAGGAAGAUCAGCAACUGGGAGUGAUGCCGUCUUUCAGUCAAUUCCAGCCACAUGAAAGGGAUGAAGUCAUCGAGUGGGAGUUCCUGACAGGAAAAUUUCUUUACUCAAUGACGGAGAACCAGCCGCCCCGGCAAAGCCUGAGCAGCGUUCUGCGAGCUGCACUGGAUGACACUGUGAUGCAAGUCAUGGAAAUGAUAAAUGAGAACUCUAGAUCUAGAGGAAGGCUUAUUGAUUUCAAGGAAAUACAGUAUGGCUACCGCAGGGUGGACCCUCUGCAUGGAGUGGAGUACAUCCUGGAUUUACUGCUUUUGUACAAAAGGCACAAAGGAAGGAAAGUUACAGUUCCGGUGAGACGUCAUGCUUACCUUCAGCAAUCAUUUAGCAAACCUUUCUUCAAAGAAGCAGAGGAGCUGAAUGUAAGAAGCCUGCUGGAAGAUACCGACACUGACACUCAAUCUUUCUCUUUUCUUUCAAAUUCUUUAAAGAUUUUUUCCUCACCGUUCCAAGGCACCAAAGACAUUGGGGGACUCAGUGACAAGAAAAUACAUAUUCUUGUCCCUCUCACAGGAAGAUUUGACAUUUUCUCAAGAUUUAUGGAUAACUUUGAGAAGACUUGUCUGAUUCCCAGGCAGAAUGUAAAGUUGGCAAUAAUUCUCUUCAGUUCCGAGUCAGGCCAGGAUUCCAGCAAACACAUACAGCUAAUGAAAGAGUACAGCAUUAAGUAUCCUAAGGCAGAUAUGACCCUGAUUCCAAUGGCAGGAAAGUUUUCUAGAGGUUUAGGUCUUGAAAUGGCCUCAUCUCAAUUUGACAAUGGCACUUUGCUGCUGUUCUGUGAUGUUGAUCUGGUAUUCACACGAGGCUUCCUCCAGCGAUGCAGAGAUAACACUAUUCAGGGAGAACAGGUUUACUACCCUAUCAUCUUUAGCCAAUAUGAUCCAAAAGUAAUAUACGGAGGCAACCCUCCAGCUGACAGUAGUUUUGUUUUCACAAAAAGAACUGGAUUUUGGAGGGAGUAUGGAUUUGGAAUUACCUGUAUUUACAAAAGUGAUCUACUUACUGCUGGUGGAUUUGAUACCUCAAUUCAAGGCUGGGGACUUGAGGAUGUAGACCUCUUUACUAAAGUGAUAACAUCUGGCUUGAAGGCUUUCAGAAGUCAAGAAGUAGGAGUUGUCCAUAUUUUUCAUCCAGUUCAGUGUGACCCCAAUUUAGAUCCGAAACAAUAUAAAAUGUGCUUAGGGUCCAAAGCAAGUACGUUUGCCUCUACCAUGCAGCUCGCUGGACUCUGGCUACAGAAACAUUUGGGUGUCAGGUACAAUCGAACUCUCUCCUGACACCUCAGCCUAUUUGGCCUUUUCAGGGGAGUUUACCUCAUUGUUUGUAUUAUUAUUUGAUUUUGCGGUUGUAGUUUUAAACUCCCCCCUCGUUGUCUUCCAAAGACUGUUGACCUCAAACACAAUGAGUCUGCUGUUCACUGAUAUUUCUUAUACCUACUGAACUGAUGAGGUGAAUUUCUUCAUAUUUGCUUUAUUUGAAAUUCAGUGAAGUCACGGAAAUCAUAUAAUCCCAUGGAGCGCAUCCAUCACAAGAGACUGCAUCAGAAGAGUGUUCUCUCUUGGCUUUGGGAUGCAGUAUCAUCUUUGUUGCAUUUCUCAGAUUUGAGAUAUUUACUGGUGAAGGUACCACAAAAGUGCUUUAUGCUUCUUCUGGGGAUGGAACUCUCUAAGAUAAACUUGAGUUUUAUAAUUUAUAUGAGGACUUAUAUGUAUAAACGCUACUUUUCUUCAUCUUUAGAGUUUUUAAAGUAAAUGAGUAACUAUGAUUGUACCUU